CCUGCCAGCUCUCCUCCCCCGGCGGCCAUGGCCCUUCCCGGCAUUCCCUAUGAGCAGCGGCUUCUCAUCAUGGCGGACCCGCGGGAGAAGGCGCUGCAGGACUACAGGAAGAAGCUGCUGGAGCACAAGGAGAUAGACGGGCGCCUGAAGGAGUUAAGGGAGCAAUUAAAGGAACUUACUAAGCAGUAUGAGAAAUCCGAAAACGACCUCAAGGCGCUGCAGAGCGUGGGGCAGAUUGUUGGGGAGGUUCUCAAGCAGCUGACAGAAGAGAAAUUCAUCGUCAAAGCUACAAACGGGCCAAGAUAUGUAGUCGGUUGUCGUCGACAGCUGGACAAAAGUAAACUGAAACCGGGAACAAGAGUCGCAUUAGACAUGACAACGCUCACGAUUAUGCGCUAUUUGCCACGAGAGGUGGACCCUCUUGUGUAUAAUAUGUCUCAUGAGGACCCCGGAGAUGUGUCCUAUUCAGAAAUCGGAGGUCUUUCCGAGCAGAUCAGAGAGCUCAGGGAGGUCAUUGAGCUUCCCCUCACCAAUCCAGAGCUGUUCCAGCGUGUAGGAAUAAUCCCCCCCAAAGGCUGCUUGCUUUAUGGCCCCCCAGGUACUGGAAAAACACUCCUGGCUCGGGCGGUUGCAAGUCAGCUGGAUUGCAAUUUCUUGAAGGUCGUAUCUAGUUCUAUUGUAGAUAAAUACAUUGGUGAAAGUGCCCGGCUGAUUAGAGAAAUGUUCAACUACGCCAGGGACCACCAGCCAUGUAUUAUCUUUAUGGAUGAAAUUGAUGCCAUAGGUGGUCGGCGGUUUUCCGAGGGCACUUCAGCUGACCGUGAGAUUCAGAGAACUCUAAUGGAGUUGUUGAAUCAAAUGGACGGGUUUGACACCCUGCACAGAGUGAAAAUGAUCAUGGCCACCAACAGACCAGACACAUUGGACCCGGCAUUGUUGCGCCCGGGUAGACUUGACCGUAAAAUUCAUAUUGAACUUCCCAAUGAGCAAGCCAGGCUAGAUAUUCUGAAGAUUCACGCAGGUCCCAUUACUAAGCAUGGAGAAAUAGAUUAUGAAGCCAUUGUGAAGCUCUCAGAUGGAUUUAAUGGCGCGGAUUUGAGGAAUGUCUGUACUGAAGCUGGGAUGUUUGCCAUUCGGGCAGAUCAUGAUUUUGUCGUCCAAGAGGAUUUCAUGAAAGCGGUCAGAAAAGUUGCCGAUUCCAAGAAGCUGGAGUCCAAAUUAGAUUAUAAGCCUGUCUAAUGUAAAGAGACUGCAUGGGUGAUCUGUGGCUUAUGUUAGAGGGCCUGAUCCUCUGGGGUAUGGUUGUCUAUUAAAAGUACAUACAACAUCGUCAGAAUUUAGUAGUUCGAUAAUUUCUGCUACAUUAAGGGGGUCUGUAAUGCACUCGGCAGUUUCUGCAUUGCAAAGAAUAUCCUUGCUGUCCGAUCAUGGCAGUAAAGUUGGGAGAAAGAAACCACAUAGCAGAAUUUAAGAGCUUUACUGUGUUUCGUAAAAUAUUUUAUAUCAAUUGACUUUUCUCUUUUCUUUCCAAGGUGAAUAAACCAUGUUUAAAUGUAA